AUGCAAGAGGCCAACUCACUCCUUGGUGGUAGAGAUUUUAUUUCUACGGUGCUCAGCAAUAUGAAAGCAGUCACUUAUCUAUUUUUAACAUGCUUCUCCCUAACAAGGCAGGUAAUGGCAGACGAUCGAACUCAAGUUCACGAUCCCCAAUAUUGUGAAAGUCACCAAGACAUUAACAGGGCUCUUCAGAAUUGCGAUCCAUUUUCAUGGAUGUACUAUCGCACCUACCAACCAGAGCCAACGAAUCCGGAAUAUGAAUGCGUCUAUGCUAAUGUUGCAAAAUUGAGCGGUACCGGUAACUAUAUGUUCAGGCAGGGAUGGACGACAGCAACUAAUAUAACAAUUGAAGUUCCGUUGUUUGUGUCUACGCGAAAACGGCAUGAGGACAAUGCUAUGCACGUAACAUUGAAGUAUGCGAACGGAUCUGCUGCAAAGGAUUUCGGAGUAUACGAACUAAUAUACUCUGACUACGAAAAGUGCGAUAUACUAAGGGUGAAGUCAAGGGGUCAAGCCUGUGAGAUGUACGUGCACAGCCGUUUUUUGGAUGAAAAACAACUUACAUCCUGUAUAAGCAUCUACAAGGAGGCCUGCGUGACAAAAGGUAGCACAAACUAUAAAGUGUAUAACGAAAAUUGUAAAAUUCACGAGAAAGUAAACUCUGCAUCAGUUGCAUUGUCGCCAUAA